AUGGCUUUGAUGUUGGUCAAGUUUGAUCUGAAGAAGCGAGUAAAGCUCGCUCAGACUGUCUGGUUCAUGUACUGGUUCGCAGUAAUGGCCGGCGUGCUGGUUUUCAGCAUGGGCCUGUUCUUUAAGAUCGAGCUGCGAAAGCGCUCAGAACUUAUGGACAACAACGAGAGCCACUUCUUGCCCAACCUGCUUAUACUUAUGGGUCUAAUAGCCUGCGGCAUCAACGCCUUGGGAGGCAAAAUCUGCUACGACUCACUGGACCCUUCCAAGUUUGUCAAAUGGAAGGCCAUGUUGAAGACCUUCUUGAUGGUCUGCAUAGGAUUCAACGUCCUGCUGUUCGUGACGGGCCUGCUGUGUUUCAUGAUGAGGAUCCCUCUGCAGUUCACCCUGGCCGAGGGGCUGAGGAACGGUAUGAAGUUCUACAAGGACACGGACACGCCUGGACGCUGCUACAUGAAGAGGACCCUGGACCUGAUGCAGAUGGAGUUUCGCUGCUGCGGAAAUGACAACUACAGAGAUUGGUUUGAGAUUCAGUGGGUUAGCAACCGCUACCUGGACUUCAGCGCAAAGGAAGUCAAAGACCGCAUUGGCAGCAACGUGGAUGGCCAGUAUCUGAUGGAUGGAGUCCCGUUCAGCUGCUGCAACCCCAGCUCCCCCAGACCCUGCAUCCAGUUCCAGAUGACCAAUAACACUGCCCACUACAGCUACGACCAUUACACAGAGGAGCUCAACGUGUGGAAGCGCGGCUGCCGUGAAGCCCUGCUGUCCUACUACGGAGGCCUGAUGAACACCAUCGGAGCCAUGGUGGUUCUGGUCACUCUGCUGGAGUGUGCUGUGACCAUAGGCCUGCAGUACGUGAACAGCUCCCAGUCCACCCUGGCUAACCCGGAGGACCCGGAGAGCGAGAGCGAGGGCUGGAUCCUGGAGAAGACAGUGAAGGAGACGUUCACCGACAUCAUGGACAAAAUGAAGGCGAUGGGCAAAGGCAGUAAGGUGGAGGAGGGGGGUGAGGCAGCGGUUGCCACGGUGAGCUGAGCUAACCCCUCCUGCAAAAAACUGACACAACUCCCACCUGAAGAGGAGAGGAAGGGGACGUGUGAGAUUUUUAUACCAACAUUUAUGAUGUAGACCUACACACACACACACACACACACACACAUAUUUGGCUAUGAACUCCUUACAAAUGGACUCCUUACAAAUGGACUCCUUUCAUAAAUAUUUAUAAACUGUAUGUUCAUACAUAGAAAGAGAUAAUGAGUAGGAUGUUAUGGUUUUUCAUUUUGGUCCCCCCCCUCCCCGACCAAACUAAUCCAUCUCAGGCUCCAAGUUUGCUUCACAGCAUACAUUUAAAGACAUUUACUGUUUUGGUUUCCAACACUGUGGGUUUGGAUUUGUGUUAUUUCAAAAAAAAAGGGCAAAAUAAAAAAGUCAAGUAAAUAUGAUAUGUGAUUGAUGAAGGUCAGAUGCUUUGCAAUCACAAGUAAAUAUGUAAUUUUUCCUUUGUAUUGUUGUCAGAUAGAUUGGUGGGGAUGGUGGUUGCUAUGCAACCUCCCCUCUCAUGGAGAUGCAGAUGGAAGAUUUAUUUUUGUUGACAUGUCUAUAGUGCUUUUGGCUCGUAGCUCAUACUGUAUACAGACAAAUCAAACAAAUUAACCCCCCCCCCACUCAGCUCUUUUUAUACUCCAGUCCACCUUUGUCCACAAUGAAGACUGGAUAAGCUCCUGAGAUGGAGUAAAAUUUUGAAUUGAAUGAAUCAGUAUGAAUUAUGCAUGCAUGUUGCAGCACAUGGUCGAAGAGUGAGGCAUGGGAACUGGGAUGUGAGCCCUGGAGAGAAGCAGGGCCAACUCCAAACCUGUGGAGGACGACUGAAAUUGGCAGCUAAAUCUUGGCUCCCGACCCCUGUACUGUAAUCUCAGAUCCUCUUUGAUGUUUCCCGUGUGCAUUCAGUAUCUGUAUAUUGACAGAAAUGUGUGUAUAUUCUAACAACUGGGUUGCUGUCUUUGUACAUAGUGUAGAAAUGAUGAAAAAAAUUUAACUUUUUUAACAAAUACUAUAAUUAAGCUAAAUCUUUUAUUUAAAUCCAUGUAAAGUUUUCCAUAUGAUCUUUUUUUUGGCUUUGUGUGUCUGUG